AUUGGUUGAGCAGCUCUGCAGAGCAGUCUCCUUGCACCAUCCAAGCUGAAAUGCAGGAGUAAGAAAAUCCAUUCUCGGUGAUGAAGAAUCAUAAAACCAUGAACCUGAAAGAGAUAAAAAAAUCAGAAGAAAAACCUUUUCUUAAAGAAAAACUCUUUGUGACUGUAUCUAGCAUGCUCUUUAAGAGACAUUAUAUGAUCUUGCAUUGUGCUUCUGGGAUCUUAUCUCUUCAUUGUCACUUAUAAGAUAGCUUUAAAUUAAUGAUAAGGAAGCCAUUCAGGGCAUAGGCUGUGUUGAGGUUCGCAGCUUUCAUUCUGAAUGAGAGAAUAAAGUAAACUGAUAUUGAAAGCAAGGAGAGAGAAACAAACACAGCCAGUAAGCCUAUAAAAGUCUUAGCCAAUUGCAAUGGUGAACAUCCUGCUGGCAACGGUGACCUUGAAUGAACUAAGUGGGAUAAAGUCACCAGCCUGGACUGACGGCUGAAGAAUCAGGCUGGAUUCCAGCAAACUGAGAGAGCAGAUUCCUGACAAGAUCCUCCUGAGCUGUGGCAAUGGCUUCUCGGUGUCGGAAAUGUGGACAACAGGUGCCCAGGAAUCCACCUUUCACUGCUGUCCGGAUAACAGAAGGAGAAAUGAAAUCUUAUCAUGAUUUUAUAGGAGGAUGCAUUAGACUGGAGCGCAUGGCAAAGAAAGAUGAAAUCAUGCAGCAGGAGAUACGGCCGCUGGUUGCAGUGGAUAUAAUAGAGCAGCUCCACAGGCAAUUUGCUAUCUUGUCAGGAGGAAGAGGGAAGGAUGGGGCACCGAUUAUAACAUUUCCAGAAUUUGCAGGAUUCAGCGAGAUACCUGAUGAAGAUUUUCUGAACGUGGUCACAUAUCUAACCAGCAUUCCCAGUCUGGAGGCUGCCAGCAUCGGCUUCAUCAUCAUCAUAGACAGACGACGGGACAAAUGGAGCGCAGUCAAGGCAUCCCUGACAAGGAUAGCAGGAGCAUUCCCAGGAAACUUGCAGCUGGUGUUUGUCCUGCGACCCUCCCGCUUUAUCCAAAGGACAAUCGCUGACAUUGGCAUUAAACUCUAUCGAGAUGACUUUAAAAUGAAGGUACCGAUCAUCAUGUUAAAUUCUGUCUCUGAUCUGCAUGGCUAUAUUGACAAAAGUCAGCUGACGCGGGAGCUGGGAGGAACCCUGGAGUAUGGGCACAGUCAGUGGAUACAUCACCGAACGGCUAUAGAAAACUUUGCAAUGACAGUAAAAACAACAGCACAGAUGCUACAGACCUUUGGAACAGACCUAGCAGAGACUGAACUUCCCAACGAUGUGCAGUGCACAGAGGAGCUUCUCUCCGCACACAUUGACCACCACAGCAAGCUGAAGGAUGAGUUGAAACUGGCUGUGAAGCAGGGGGCCACCCUACUGACAUGCAUUAGGGAGCCAGUCACCCGAAGUGCCAACAGCAAACUCAGUCCAGAUGAACUGGAAAAUGUGGCAACAGUAGAAAGGUUGUUGGCUCAGUUGGAUGAAACAGAAAAGGCUUUUGAUCAAUUUUGGACCAAGCAUCACCUGAAACUAGAACAAUGUCUGCAGCUUCGACACUUUGAAUAUGAUUUUAGAGAGGUAAAACUGACAUUGGAUAAUCUCAUUGAAGCGCAAGCAGGUUUUGCUGACAUUGGAGACAGUGUGACUCGAGUGGAACACCUCCUAAGGGAACAGAAACUACUGGAAGAGAAAGGACAGGAACCUUUGGAGAAAGCCCAGUCUCUAGCUCUCCAUGGAGAACAGCUCAUCCAAAACAACCAUUAUGCAGUUGACUCCAUUAGACCAAAGUGUGUUGAACUCAGGCGUAUUUGUGAUGACUUUACCAAUGAGACCAAGAAAAAGUACGAUAUUUUGGGAAAGUCUCUUGAGCUGCAUAAGCAGUUAGAUAAGGCAAGCCAGUGGUGCGAAGCUGGAAUCUACCUCUUGGCUUCCCAAGCAGUGGACAAGUGCCAGUCACAAGAGGGAGCUGAAACUGCGCUUGUUGAAAUUGAGAAGUUCCUGGUGACAGCUAAGGAGCACCAGCUCUCUAACCCGAAAGAGUUCUACAAUCAGUUUGACUUGAUCCUCACCCCUGAAAUAAAGGCCAAUGCCCAAAGAAUUCUACAAAAACUAGAAGAUGUACAAGAAAUGUUUGACAAGAGGCAAGUAAGUCUGAAGAAGCUGGCAGCCAAACAGACCCGGCCAGUACAACCUGUUGCCCCACAUCCUGAAUCUUCUCCAAAGCGAGCAUCACCAAAGAUUACCAGGCCGGCAGGAGUAGCUACCAACAGGAGGUCCACAGAAAUUUCCUGCCCUCCAAAAUCCAUUUCUGAAGUAGAGUUAUCAAAAAAGAAAAACAUUAAGAAGACUAAAGGUGGAAUUAAGAUUGAAGUGAUGCAUGAAGCUAGUCAAGGAGGAUCUAGCAGAGUCCUGGUGAUGAGUGAAAGCGAUGAGAACUUGUCAACAAGGAGGAGCCACAUAAUCAAUGAGCUCAUAGAAACAGAACGUGUUUAUGUAGAAGAACUUCAAAGUAUAAUAGAGGGAUAUGCUUCGGAAAUGGACAAUCCCAGUUUAGUACAUCUGAUUCCAUCUGCACUCCAGAACAAGAAAGAAAUUCUUUUUGGGAACCUCCCAGAAAUCUACGAAUUCCACAACAGGAUUUUCCUUAAGGAGAUAGAAAAUUGCAUUGAAAACCCCGAACUUCUUGCCCGAUGCUUUUUGAAAAGAAAAGAGGACCUCCAAAUAUAUGAAAAAUAUUGUCAGAACAAGCCGAGGUCUGAAGCCCUCUGGAGACAGUGUGGAGACAGCAUCUUUUUUCAGGAGUGUCAGCGUAAAUUGGACCAUAAACUCUCACUAGAUGCUUAUCUCUUAAAGCCAGUCCAGAGAAUCACCAAGUACCAGUUGCUGUUAAAGGAAAUGCUGAAGUGCAGCAAGAAUUCAGAGGAUACCGCUGAAUUGGAAGAAGCCCUCGCCACAGUGCUUGAUAUCAUCAAAUCAGUAAAUGACUCCAUGCACCAGAUAGCAAUCACGGGAUAUGAGGGGGAUGUCAGUGAGCUUGGCAAGCUGUUGAUGCAAGGUUCCUUCAAUGUGUGGACUGACCACAAGAAGGGGCACAACAAAGUGAAGGACUUUGCUAGAUUCAAACCAAUGCAGAGACACCUCUUUCUUUAUACAAAGAUGCUACUCUUCUGCAAGAAACGGGAGGAGAACACAGAUGGCCAUGAGAAGACAGCUUCAUACAGCUUUAAAAAUUCAUUAAAGAUGAGCACUGUGGGCAUUACAGAAAAUGUAAAAGGGGAUAACAAGAAGUUUGAGAUCUGGUAUAAUGGCAGAGAAGAGGUCUAUAUCAUUCAGGCAUCUUCUGUUGAGCUGAAAAACACCUGGAUUUCAGAGAUUCGCAAAGUCCUGACAGGACAACUGGAAGCAUGUAGAGAAGCAAGUCAACUGCACCAAAGAAUCACCGAGAGUGUAUACCAUGCACCAAUGGAUCCAUCCAAUGCAAGCAGGUAUAGCCGAAAGUCAUCAAGUUUAUAUGAAAACAAAUCUGAGACAUCAAACGUGGAAGCAUCUAACAAUAAAAACAGGAAUUCCAGUCCCAGCGCCAGGCAAAAGAGAGAGUCUCAGGACCUAGACCCGCCUGUGACUGAUCUCUCUAAAGUUGAUGCUUCCACCAGCCUUAACCUUGAGCGCACAGCGCUUGCUAGAAAGCGAUUCACAUUGCAAGGUCUUUCCAACCGCAGAGCUCCACCCAAAGAUCCAGAAUCUAAGGAGAGAGAAGUCACCCGUCGCUUUUCCCUAGCCUCCUCCAUCAGCUCCACAGUUAAUGCUUCUGCUGUGACCAAAGGUCCCCUUGUUCCUGCAGUUAAAGUCAAGAGACAUGAAAUAAAGAGUGACCCAACUCCCCUGGGGUUUGAAGAUGCUUUUGAGAACACCAUAUUGGCCCAGACUAAGUGUAAUACCGGUUCCACCAUGAGACCCGUACCUAGAUCUGCUUCACAGACAGGUUGGCCCAACAGGCAAAUGCCAUCUCUAGACACAUUUGAAGAUUUCGAAGCCAUCCCCUCCAGCACAGAUGAACUCUCCAACUCUUCUGACUUGGAAGAAGAGACCAACCCUAACAAUGGGACCAAUCUUUUUCGGGUAGAAGGCAGCUUUGACAGCUGUUUCCCAGAUUCUCUUACACUUGAGGAUGGAGAUUUAGUGCAGUUUGUGCAAGAAGGAGAAAACGGUCAAUGGUUAGUGAAGAAACUGGUCUCUGAGAAAAGCGACUGGGUUCCUUCCAGUAUAUUGCAGCCAGCAGAGGGGGACAGUAACAACAUAAUUAAGAACAGUAAUGCAGACAUGUACAACGACUCCUGCAGUACGGCCUCAGUUGAGUCAGACACCAAGGAGAGCGAGGUGGCCAAAAGCUUCCCAGCAGAGCAGAGGGCUGGCAGCUGAACAGCAGGAUCGACCUUCCUCAGGACCCCAUCCAGCUCUUCGUUUAUUUUGGGUGGACACUGGAUCCAAGUUGCCUUUCUCACAAGCUCUGAGUUUCAUCAUUCACUAAAACUUUAUCAGCACGAACAGAUGAGGACUGUGCUGUCCACCUGUCAAGCUGGGAAAAGCAAACUUGAAGGGAGCAUUAAACAUCCAGAAAGCAUCAAAACCCACCUUCAGUUUUAGAGGAAAAAAAUGCUUCUCGCAUUGAUUAUCAAACUGUUUCAGAAGUCAUGGCCUAAAUUAGGUCCACAGCAGAGCUGAAGAGUUACUAUGCACGCACCUUUUGGCAACUUUGCUUGAACAUGGAGUUACUGCAGAGGGACACACGCACAGUCAGGGUUACAAGGUCUUGAUCUACCAUGAGAUCAACUGGAGGUUUUUCCAUUUGCUUGUCUCUGGCUGUGCCUUCCCAGUCCUCCUUAAUUCCAGCUGAUACAACACAAACGUGCCCUUUUUGCUGAUGGUCAACACCAAAAACCUCCUAUUUUAGUGUGGCUGUGGAAAGGAAACCUCUGACACGGACCAUCAGAGAGUCUUCCCACAGCAAUGACAUGACUCCUUUUGCGUGGCACAGUGGGUGACCUGCUGCAGACAGCAUCACGUUGGGGUGAUGCAAAUGGCAACUCCUGGCUCUGAGGUGGAGGUGCAGGGCUUAGCAGGGAAGCAAAGACGUGUGUGACAGCUACUGUGACAAAAAAACAUUUUGAAUUCUUUUUACAAUAUAAGUCAUUCCUCUGCCCCCUCUGCAGUGUGUGGUUGCUGGAUCACAAUCCUUUGCAUUUGGUGCCGAGAAUUCAAUUGAAUGCCAUUUAAUGUCAUAUGUUUGAGUAGACUGCAUGCUUUCUGUGUGUGCUGGGCUAUGGAGUAGACACGUUUCAUCCCCCAUUUGGAAUAUACUUAAGCACUGCAAAUAGGCAGUGAGCAUUAGAUGCUCUCUUGAGUGGAAAACGUGUUGUUGUUAAAUACUUCUUUCCAGGACAUUUGAUUAAAGGACUGUACCAAAUCUCUGCCACAUAGGAAUCUUAUAAUAGAAUUAUAGAAUCAUUGGGUAGGAAAAGACCUUUAAGAUCAUUGAGUCCCACCAUAAUGUAUAAUAUAAAGUGAUUACAGAUAUUAUUAUUCCUAUACAAGCCAGUAGCUCAUUUAGAGCAGCUGUUAAGGUAUGAAGGCAUUUUGAUAGUAAUUGGGUCUUAAGUCCCACAAAAGCUGCUAGUAUUUUAGUAAAGAUAAAUAUUGACUAAGGUUUGCAAACAGGCAAAGAUGAGCCUGGUAAAAAUGACCCUAGAAGCUCAAGAGUGAGUGUUUGGCUUUCACUAUUAUGUUUUUUAUUUGUUUAACUCUGUGACUAGUGACCCUCUAUGUAAAUAAUAAAGGGGACAAAAGCACUAAAAAUGGAGAUGAAGCAAAACCAAAAAACACUCUGAGCAAAAAUAACCCCAACACUCUGAAUCUCUGAGCAAAAGAAUAGGAGACUGUAAUAUUUCUGCUAUUGUAUUUGCAGGGACCUGAAUGUUUUUCUUUGUGUCUCAUUGGAGGCUGGCAUUGCAAAUAUCUUAGUGAGUCAGGAUAGCUGCGAAGUAGGUAGAUAGUCCUAUUCAAGAAAAAAUCUUGGAGUAGCUAAAGGCUUAUUCAGAAUUUUUCCUGUGAAGGCUUAUUGGUUAGUUAUGAGUUGCACUGUGGUGGUUAAUUCCCGUGGUUCUUCUAACCCUCAAUAUCUGAACCCUGAUUUCAGAAGUUUUCUGUUCAUGACUGAAGGACCUGAGAGUUCUGUACCUUUUGGAAGCUAAUUUUGUCCUACGGAGAUAAGAGCUUGUCUGUUUUGUACUGGCCAUUUGUCUUAAAAAUGACACGUAGGCUCUCAGGAACAUGAACCCUGUUGAUCUACAGUAGUGAUGAGCAUCUUGAGGGAAGAACUGAUUCCUUUCAGACCCCUAAGGAAAUAUGCAUUGAUAUUUUCUUGUAGUGCAAUUAUUUUAUCCUCUCCUUAAAAGAGUUUGUUUUGAUUUCUUUAUUACUUUCAGAAAUUUUUUGCACAGCCUGGUAACAGUGCUUCUGUCUACCUCUGCCCUAAGCAUAGGAGAGGAAAGGGGUAGGGAGCUUUGAUUGCACAUUAAUAAAUAUCGUAAGCGCUUGUGUGUGUGUGAGAGAGAGAGAUGGGGAAGGGCUACCCUGCAUAUAUGAAACUGCCAAAACUAGGAUUUGUGACAUUGCUGACAGAUGGAAAGAUGCAAACCUGCACUUUGGAGUUUCUCUGGAGGAAUCUCCUUCUAAUGGUGAAAUGGGAGUGGGAAGUCUCUCAACUGAAGAUGAAAAAUCAGGUAUUGAGUUCAUUUCCUACCUCUGCUGUGUGCAAGGUGACAGUGUGCUAGUCCUAUAUCCCCUGGUGCCUCCAUAUCUUCCUGUAAAAUGGGAGCUAUUGGAUUUCCUAUGUGUCCAACCUGAUGCUAAAUUUUAGUAUGUAUGCAAAAAUCGAGGACCCUUCAGGGGACAGCAAAGCAUUCAACCCCGUAUGUCCUGCUGUGCCCCCCGUGAGUGCCAGUGGUCUCAUUCCCUGGAGCAGGGAAGAGGAUUUCUGCACAAGUGUCUCCUCUCUCCCAUCUCACCGUGACAACUGCAAAGGUAUGGGCUGCAUUAAAGCAAUUCUCCUCCCUACUCUGCUUUUGAAAACAGUAUUUUUGGACACUACUGAAGCUGAGAAGGGAGCCCACAAACUGUUAAUUGUGUCUUUAACCUUCUUGCCAGUGCCAGUGAGCAAAAGCAGUUCAAACCCAGACCAUCCUACAACCAUGGUGGCUGCUGCUGGAGAGUAACUGGGGCCCUUUGCCAGUUGAUGUCUGGGGUGCGAAUGUCAGUGGGGCAGGGCCACCCUGCUGACUUUGGGUUUUUAAAGAAUGAAGUUCAACGACAGAUCAGGCUGCUGACAAGUCUGACAGCAGCCAACAAGCAGUAACCUUCUGGCUUUGCUGAUGAGACAAAAGGGGGUUUCAUGACUUUGUUUUAAUAGUAGACAGGAUAGUCUUUUAAUUAAUGUAUUUCUGUCAAGCAAAGUGAUAAUUAAGGGAAUGGCUCUCCAUGUACAGUAUAGAAUAAGAUUUGGUGAUGUCCAGCAAGACUAAUGUGUAUGUUAAAGUAUACUUAUUCUGUAUAUAGGUCUUUGACACCAUCAUUUUCAGGUAGAUGGACCUAAAAAUCAUAGUUUCCAAAUAUGAAUUUCAUUUCAGUGUUGUUUGGAGAUGACAUAGUGAGCAGAACAUAAUUUAAAAGUAAUGGUUGCCACUAAGUUUCAGUUGUAGAAGAGGCAAGGUCCAAAGUAUGCUGUAGUAUCACUCGUGGUUGAGCGUUGUGUCCUUGCUGCUUGACCAGUGGGUCCGUGCCGGCUGCCUGGCUGUUCCCUCUGGGUCCAGACUAGUGAGACCUGCCCUCUGGGCUGAGGUUUUGACUUGGAUCUCCUCCCUCUGCUCUGUUACCAGUUUCUGUGGAACUUGCAGAAACCUCACAUCCUCAAAGCUCUGCCCUCUGCUCAGUUGGGUGUAGUUGGGCAACAGGCUCCUUCCUCACUGGUGGUAAUGACAAACAGAUAAGCAGCUGGUUGCUGUGAUAUAAAAGUCUUGCUUUUCUUAAUAAACAGGGCCAAAAUAUAAUCAGGCCUGAUUGUCUCCUCCUCUCAGUCUAACCCCACAGGGUGGAGAAUCAGACCGGUGGUCGUCAUCUGGAUCAUGAACAGCUGCGGCCAAACCAUGUCUGAACACUGGCUUUUCUGCCAGGGACAACAGAGUUGUGUGUGUGUCUUAUAUGCUGGUUGUGUAUGUGUUGAAAAGCCAUUUUAUUAUCCAUAAUUUUCUUAGACUCUGAGAUUUCAAACAGGGUUGAGUAUGAGAAAGGCCAUGUACAUUUUUUUCCAAAAAUACUCAAAGCCUGACUUCAAAUAUAUAUAUAUAUGAUUAGAAAUAUAUGAGAAUAAGAUGAAAAAAGAGCCAAAUUGUGUAUUUCUUCUUGCAGCUUGAGCUGAAAUAGCUGCUAAGAUUUCUUCUUCCCAGCUGAGAAUUGGUACAGUUUGUUUUUCUUACAUAUUUUCCAUGGUGUUGAUAUGAUGUAUUUGUAUAUUGUGACUGAUGAGAGAUAAUCAGACAGGGAAAGAGCACAGAAUUACCUGUCCUUUUUUUCCAGUCAACACAGAAUGUAUGAAUUUAUUACAAGAAAAAAGUGUGCAAAUGAGCUUUCUGUAAUUAGGCCAUUCUGACCUAUGUAGAACCACACUUUGUUUGAAAUUUAUAAAAAUUACAACUAGUACAAAA